UUGACUUCAAAGCCGCUGGAAUGGAAGUUUAAGGAAACACCAAGGUUCAAAAGGCAGUUCACGUUCAAGUGGUGUAAUUGUUGUCUUUCAGACUACAUGGACAGUGAACAGUAAACUGUGUGAAAACCAGUGCAGCACUGCUCUGCCGGUUUUAGCUGAUGUGAUGUCACAGUGCUGUGUGCUUCUGGACUCGGCUGAAGAAGAUGGCGGCCUCCUCAGGAGUUAAAGUUCCACGCAAUUUUCGCUUGCUGGAGGAGCUUGAAGAGGGGCAGAAGGGCGAAGGCGAUGGCACAGUCAGCUGGGGCCUCGAGGAUGACGAAGACAUGACUCUCACACGGUGGACAGGCAUGAUCAUUGGACCAGCAAGAACCAAUUAUGAGAACAGGAUAUACAGUCUGAAAGUGGAAUGUGGAUCCAGAUACCCAGAGGCAGCCCCGACUGUUAGAUUUGUAACAAAAAUUAACAUGAAUGGGAUAAAUAAUUCCAAUGGGACGGUGGAUUCACGUAGCAUACCAAUAUUAGCAAAAUGGCAGAAUUCUUAUAGCAUUAAAAUUGUUCUUCAAGAGUUAAGGCGUCUAAUGAUGUCCAAAGAAAAUAUGAAGCUUCCACAACCACCAGAAGGACAAACCUACAGCACUUAAUCGUAAUGGAUUGUUUCGACCCUCUGUCUUAAACCUUACUCUCUUAGAAAUAUUGUGUAAAAUCAUCAAGAGGCUCACUUCGCACAUCAACAAUAUCGUCUGCAAGAGCAAGAUUGGACUUUAUUAUUACAUAGCUCAUUCAAAAAGAAAAUGUCCCUGCAGUUAAGCACUGAAAUAGAUGGUUAGCAGACUACAAUACCACAGUUAUCUGCCUUUUAAUAAAGUUACUUUGACAAUGACUUUUAUGUUCGACAUGUUCCAGCUUGAGUAGGCUUGAAGAGGGGGAAGCAUGAGGCCAUGCAGAGGCUGUACCGGAGUCCUAAUAGUUUAAUGUUCAACUGACUGAUCACUGAAAUAAACGGCGAGCUGUGUGUAUGAAGGCAUGUUCUGUAACUAACACCUAGUCAAAGAGAAGCCACAUUUUUUGAGUUGUUAGUCAAAUUUAGCAGGUUAAUUAAGGAAAUAUCACGCAUAUUUUCUGAAAAUUUAACUGUGGCUGUAGUCUAAAAGUAGUGUCACAAGGUAAGAAAGGUGUUUUUGUUUUUUUUUAUAUAUAUAUAUAUAUAUAUAUAUAUAUAUAUAUAUAUCUGUAUUUGACACGAUACCAAUAUGUUUCUGUUCUGCAGCUCUUUGACAUGUAACAGACGUUGAAGCCUGUUCUGUUCUGAAACCCUUGCAUUUAACUUCUAGUGAAAAUGGCAGGUGUAUGAACUUGUGAUUUUCUGAUAUUAAAAUCACUGUCUAUGAAAAAAUAAACAAAUCCCAAGGUU